AUGAAUCCCAAUGUCACCUACGCCAGUCGCAAGCGGCGGAAACCUGUGCAGAAAAUAGUAAAGCCAUCCCCAGCUGAAGGAGUCAAGUCCAAUCCAUCCAAGAGACACAGGGACCGCUUGAAUGCAGAGUUGGACCGCUUGGCUAGCCUGCUGCCUUUCCCUCAAGAUGUUAUUGCCAAGUUGGAUAAGCUGUCAGUGCUUAGGCUUAGUGUCAGUUACCUGAGAGCCAAAAGUUUUUUUGACGUUGCAUUAAAAUCUUCUAACUCUACAAGACCAGAAAGAAAUGGCAUUCAGGAAAACUGUAGAACAGCAAAAUGUGGAGAAGGCAUGCAGAUCCUGGAAGGAGAACUCUUACUGCAGGCAUUAAAUGGUUUUGUAUUAGUUGUCACGGCCGAUGCUCUGGUUUUUUAUGUCUCUUCUACUAUCCAAGACUACUUGGGUUUCCAACAAUCUGAUAUUAUACACCAGAGUGUGUUUGAAUUGAUUCACACAGAAGACAGACCUGAGUUUCAACGACAGCUGCAUUGGGCAUUAAACCCUGCCCAGUCUGCAGAUUCUGGACCAAGUGUACAAGGAGAUAAUGGCUUUUCACAGCCAGCAACCUAUUAUAACCCAGACCAACUUCCUCCAGAGAAUUCUUCCUUUAUGGAAAGGAAUUUCAUCUGCAGGUUGCGGUGCCUGCUAGAUAAUUCAUCUGGGUUCCUGGCUAUGAAUUUUCAAGGACGAUUAAAGUUUCUCCAUGGACAAAACAAGAAAGGGAAGGAUGGUGCUACACUGUCUCCUCAGCUUGCUCUGUUUGCAGUAGCUACUCCCCUGCAGCCACCAUCUAUCCUUGAGAUACGAACCAAAAACUUCAUCUUCAGAACUAAACAUAAACUGGAUUUCACACCUACUGGCUGUGAUGCAAAAGGAAAGAUUGUCCUGGGAUACACUGAAGCAGAGCUGUGUAUGAGAGGAACAGGAUACCAGUUUGUUCAUGCAGCCGAUAUGCUUUAUUGUGCUGAAAAUCAUGUCCGAAUGAUGAAGACUGGUGAGAGUGGAAUGACUGUAUUUAGGCUUCUAACCAAAGAAAAUCGAUGGGCCUGGGUACAGGCAAAUGCACGUCUCGUCUACAAAAACGGAAGGCCAGAUUACAUCAUUGCCACACAGAGACCUCUGACAGAUGAAGAAGGGGCAGAACAUCUACGGAAGCGUAACAUGAAGUUGCCCUUCAUGUUUGCCACUGGUGAGGCUGUGUUGUAUGAGGUAUCUUUCCCUAUGUCGAGCCUCAUGGAUCCCUCUCAGAUGAAGAAUAAAAGCGUGACAGGAAAAGGAGCCAAAUCAACACCACACAAUGAUUCCGUGGAUCCAAACUCCCUCCUCGGUGCCAUGCUAAGGCAAGAUGAAUCUGUCUAUCUCUGUCCUCCAGCAUCACACAAACUUUCCUUUGAGCGGAACUUCUUUGCAGACAGCAGGGAUGAGCUGGGCACUGUUGUUGGCAGCAGCUGGACGGAUAAUCUCCUACCUUCUGGAAAUCACAGUGUUCUCAAACGGGAGCUAAUGGAGUGUUCCCAGGACAGUACUAUGCCGCUUCCUGAAGACAGCGCAGCACUCUUUCAAGAUAACAAAAGCAGUGAUUUGUACAGCAUUAUGAAAAGUCUGGGUAUUGACUUUGAAGAUCUGAAGUGUAUUCAGCAGGAUGAGGAGUUUUUUAAAACUGAGUUAUCUGGUGUGGACGAUAUUGGGGACAUCGACAUAACAGAUGAAAUCCUGACUUAUGUUCAGGAUUCCUUAAAUAAGUCAGACUUCUUAUAUUCAGGCUGUAACCAGCAGCAACCCUUGGUUCAGAAUGAAAGUUGCUUGUUACAGCAAGAGUUAGACCCACAUCAACUUCAUCAGCACCAGAAACAGCUCAUGGAGCAGCAGCAGCAGCAACAGCAGCAGCUCUGUCAAAAGAUGAAACAUAUGCAAGUCAAUGGGAUGUUCACAAACUGGAGCUCUGACACCACCAUGCCUCUUGGCUGCUCUCAGCAGCAACCCCAGCAAUAUGUAUUCCCUGGUAUGCAUGCCACUCCAUCUGAGUUCUCUUACAAAGCAGAAGUCAAUACUUCCCCUUACUCAUGUAGGCAGGAAUUUACACCUUACAAGCAACCCACAGCAAUGGUGCCACAGCUCUCUAAUUUUGCUCAAAUGGAUUUCCCUGUAGCAGGUUUUGACAGAUCGAGUUAUUCUAAUUCUUCCAGCUUGGAGGAUUUUCUCAGUUGUUUGCAGCAAGUCCCUGACAAUCGUGAGUGUGGGAUGAACUCUGAGUCAAUCACGCUGACUCCUCAAACAUGCUAUGCAGGUGCUGUUUCCAUGUACCAGUGCACACAAGAAGCACAGCCCAGCUGUUUGGAUCAAAUGCAGUAUGAUCCUAUGAUGGCAAGUCAACAGACAUUGUCCAGCAAGUUCCAAAACGGUUUCAAUGGAGGAAAUGUAAAUGAAGCAUAUCCCUCUCAGUUAGAUGUGAUCAGUAAUGCACAGACUGCCACACAUCUUCAGCCUCUUCAUCAUCCGACAGAACCCAGAUCCUUCUCAGAUUUGGCAUCUAGUGGAUUUAUGUGA